AUGGUCAAAUUCGGUCUGCUGGCCCUGGCGGCUCUGCAGUGCGUGGCGGGUAUGCGCAUGGGCAUGUAUAUUGACGAGUAUCAUACUGUUGAUUUACCCAGCAGCGACCAGACGCAGGGAAUCACCCAUGCUAUCAUGGCGUUUGCGAAAUCAACCCUGUUUAACUCGGACUCUCCUCCCCAGUUUACCCCGUUUGAACCAGUCUCGCAAAUGCGACAGCGAUUCGGACCCAACACCAAGCUGAUGAUCGCUAUUGGUGGGUGGGGUGACUCCUCUGGGUUCUCGGAUGGUGCGAAAGACGACGCAUCUCGAGCAAGGUAUGCGAAGAACGUUGCAUCCAUGUUGAAUAGUGUUGGAUUUGAUGGCGUGGAUAUCGACUGGGAAUACCCUGGUGGCAACGGCGAUGACUACAAACGAGUCCCCAACUCACAAAAAGUAUCCGAGAUCGAAACAUACCCUAAGUUCCUGGCAGCCCUGCGCGCAGCCGUCGGAAAGGACAAAAUCAUCUCCAUCGCGGUCCCCGGUAAACGGGGGGACAUGAUUGCGUUUACCAAGGAACAGGGCCCCAAGAUCUGGCCGUCUGUCGACAUGGUCAAUGUCAUGAGCUACGACUUGAUGAACCGACGAAACAACGCGACCGACCACCAUACCAGUGUCGCGGGCUCUCUGGAUACGAUCCAGGCCUUUCUAGAUAUCGGACUGGACCCGCAGAAGGUCAACCUGGGCUUUGCUUACUAUGCGAAAUGGUUCACCACGCAGGCGAACGCGGACUGCGGCAGCCACCCGAUUGGGUGUCCCGUCGUGGUGAUGGAGAACCCAGAUGGGACUGACAAUGGCAAAUCGGGCGCGUUCACAUUUGAAAAGGGGACGAUGUCUGAUCCACCAGCGAACCUGAAGGUUUCUUACGACGGGACCUGUGGCUUUGCAAAGGGGACCAAGUGCCCGCCGGGAUCGUGCUGCAGUCAGUAUGGAAAUUGUGGAACGGGUGAUGACUUCUGCCAGGCUGGAUGUUUAUCGGACUACGGCGAAUGCAAGGGCAUCUCGAUCACGGAUUCCUGGCGACGGGCGCUCAAGGAUGGUAAGACGGACGAGAAGGCUGGGGGACAGUACUACAUGGAUACCGAAGUGAACCUGUUCUGGACGUGGGAUACGCCGGAGCUGAUUGCGCGCAAGUUCAAGGAUAUUGUGGACGCGCUGAAACUAGGAGGCGUGAUGGCCUGGAGCCUGGGCGAAGAUACGUUGAACUGGGAGCAUUUGAAGGCCAUGCAGGAUGGAGUGAAAGCACGAUCGGGAUAA